AGCAGGAGCCGCGGUGGAACAUGGCGACGUACGUGGACAUACUGAAGAGCGAGUUUCCCGAACUUGACACUGAAGUGUUUGCUUAUAUUACUGGAGUGCUGGACAGCGGAGGCUCUGAUUUUGAGGACGGAGAGGAAGUGUUCGAUGCCAUCGGUGGGGUCCUGCAGGAAAUAGCCGCCGAGAAAAACGAAGACGACGUCCGAGACAUCUGCCUGCAGCUGUUUAACACUCUGAAGAUCACGACCUGUCGCUCUCACCAGAGGCAGGUGCUGCUCGAUGCCCCUGUGCAGCUGUCUCAGAUCUCUGCAGAGUCGGAUUCGGCUGUUAAUGAUGUGCAGGGCAUUUGGAUGGUCAAGAGAACGCAGGGCACGACUGUUGAUGCGAAGAAGUUAGAAAAAGCCGAGGCCAAGCUGAGAGCUAAACAUGAGCGGAGGAAUGAAAAGGACUCGCAGAAACCCUUAAACCCACUGGUCCUGGAGGAGGCGUCGGCCAGCCAGGCGAGCAGUAAGAAGGAGAGCCGUGUGGACGUGUCGGGGAAGAAUCGCAGCUACGACAUCCGGAUAGAAAACUUCGACGUGUCGUUUGGAGAGAGGUCCCUGCUGCAGGGAGCCGAGCUGUGUUUGGUGAGCGGUCGGAGGUACGGUCUGAUCGGGAGGAACGGUCUGGGUAAGACCACGCUGCUGAAGAUGCUGGCGAGCCGCAGUCUGCGCGUUCCGGCCCACAUCUCCAUCCUGCACGUGGAGCAGGAGGUGGCAGGAGACGACACGGCGGCGCUGCAGAGCGUCCUGGAGAGCGACACGGUCAGAGAGGAGCUGCUCACCGAGGAACGCUCGCUCAACACGCACAUCGCCAACGGGACAGCGGAAGGGACUGAAAGCUUGCGUCUGUCCGAAAUCUACGCUAAACUGGAAGAAAUCGAGGCAGACAAAGCGCCAGCCAGAGCGUCAGUGAUCCUCGCAGGUUUAGGAUUUUCCCCCAAAAUGCAACAGCAGACAACCAAAGAGUUUUCUGGUGGUUGGAGAAUGAGAUUAGCAUUAGCACGAGCUCUGUUUGCAAGGCCGGACCUUUUAUUACUUGACGAGCCCACGAACAUGUUGGAUGUCCGAGCCAUUCUGUGGUUAGAGAAUUAUUUACAGACGUGGCAGUCCACCAUCCUCGUGGUGUCUCACGAUCGGAACUUCCUGAACGCCGUCGCGACCGACAUCAUCCACCUGCACUCCCGGCGUCUGGACAGUUACCGUGGCGACUAUGAGAACUUCAUCAAAACGAAAGAGGAUCGACUGAAGAACCAGCAGCGGGAGUACGAGGCUCAGUUACAGUACAGAGAGCACAUACAGGUGUUCAUCGACCGGUUCAGGUACAACGCUAACAGAGCUGCACAGGUGCAGAGCAAACUGAAGCUUUUAGAGAAACUCCCCGAGCUCAAACCCAUAGAAAAGGAGUCUGAAGUGGUGUUACGGUUUCCGGAUAAUUUUGAAAAGCUGUCUCCUCCCAUCCUGCAGUUGGACGAGGUGGAGUUUUACUACACGCCCCAGCAGCGGCUCUUCAGAGGUCUCUGCGUCUCCGCCGAUCUCGACUCCCGGAUCUGUAUCGUCGGUGAGAACGGAGCCGGUAAGUCCACAUUACUGAAGCUGCUCAUGGGCGAGCUCACACCCGUCAGCGGCACCAGGCACGCCCACAGAAACCUGAAGAUUGGUUAUUUCAGUCAGCACCAUGUAGACCAGCUGGAUCUCAACGUUUGUUCAGUGGAGCUGCUUCUCAACAAGUUUCCUGGUCGGACCGAGGAGGAAUACAGGCGUCAGCUGGGGCGGUACGGGAUCAGUGGCGAGUUGGCGACGCGGCCCGUGGCGAGUCUUUCAGGAGGACAGAAGAGCCGUGUCGCUUUUGCUCAGAUGACCAUGCCUUGUCCCAAUUUCUACGUGCUCGAUGAGCCGACCAAUCACCUGGACAUGGAAACUAUUGAAGCCCUUGCCAAGUCAUUAAACACGUUCAAGGGUGGUGUCGUGUUGGUCUCACACGACGAGCGCCUCAUCCGGCUGGUGUGUAAGGAGCUGUGGGUGUGCGAGACGGGCCGAGUCCAGCGCAUCGACGGCGGCUUUGACGAGUACAAGAGCAUCCUUCAGGAGCAGUUUCGGAAAGAAGGCUUCCUGUGAAGCACCUCAUCACCUUAGAUAUAUAGAAUCACACACACGCCAUUUAACCUGACUGCAUCGCCAUGACUCCAACACACUCAUUGACUCUGUGCCCAAAGUGAACUCAUACAGUGCAUACAGUGACCCAGAACCGGCGCUGAAUCGGUUCCAAUCACGGUCAGCCCGUUUUCCCAGCUUCCUGAAAUCAUAUCGACGAUGACAUCGCCGCUUGCUGCUGUGGUUCAUGCUGCGUCCUUUCCUUUCCUGGUCAUGUGACAUGAGGAUGGGAUGUGGACGUUCCUGCUGGGGUUCUCUGCACGGGUUCUACUUAUUACUACACAUGAGCGAAAAAAAAAAAGAGAAGCCUGAUGCAAUAAGUGUAAAGUGAGAGAGACGUGUGCCAUUUAUGUUGUUUCGAUCCAGCUGUUGUCGUUAACUUAUCAAUAUCUGUUUUAGAACACGCUAAUAAAAACCUAAAAUCGGUUUUAA